AUGUCGGGCUCCGAGAGAGACACGCCCUCUGACGCGCAAAUCGCCAGCAAGCUGCGCGACGUGGUCAUCGCCAUACACAAGUCGGGCAAGACGGACGACCUGACUGUCAAGCGCGUUCGUGCGCGCGCCGAGAAGGAGCUAGGACUCGACGACGGCUUCUUCAAGCGCGACGCCAGCUGGAAGGACAGGUCGCAGAAGACAAUUGUAGACGCCGUGGAAAAGUUCUGCAGUGACGAGCCCUCGCCGCAGCCUACCCCGAAGAAGGCUGCGCCCAAGCCCAGAGCAAAGCCGGCUGAGAAAAAGACCAAGGCUACCACCGAGGGCGCUCGUGGCGUAAAGCGCAAAGCUACUGCCCCGACUAAAAAGCCUAAGAAGCGCGCAAAGACCGAGUCCGAAGAGUCGGAAGCAGACCUUUCAGACCCCCCUGCUGAAGUAUCCGAUGCCGAAAGCGAACCACCAAAGAAACCUGCGCGCCAAGGCAAGAAGGUUGUCGCCGAAGACUCAGAUGAGGAGGAGGCGCCCAAACCAGCGCCCAAGCCUGCGUCCAAGCCUAGCGCCCCAGCCGAGGACAAGAGUGAGCCACAGGCAACACCAGCAAAGGCGCCAGAUACCGCCGGAGACAUAUCCGAAAGUGAACUUUCCAGCGUCAUAGACGAAGAGCCUGUCAAGAAGAAGAAAAAAGCACCAGCAGCAAAGGGCAAAAAGGAGAAAGCCCCGGCAAAGGCAAAGGCAGCUUCCAAAUCCAAAGCCGAAGACGACCCCGACACUGCAGAGGUCAAGCGCCUCCAAGGCUGGUUGGUCAAAUGCGGCAUCCGCAAAGUCUGGUCGCGCGACCCUGAACUCGCAAAAUGCGACACGUCAAAAGAAAAGAUUCGCGUCCUCAAAGGCUGGCUCAACGAUGUCGGCAUGGACGGCAAGUAUUCCAACGAAAAGGCUGCCAAGAUCAAAGAAAAGCGAGAAUUUGAAAAGGAUUUGGAGGCCAUAAAAGAGGGCGAGUUGGCCUGGGGAAAGACAAACGAUGUCACAGCCACUGGACGACCGAGUCGAAGAGCUGCUGCUAGACCCGUGCCCCAACAAAAGAUCGUGUUUGAGGAUGACAGUGAAGAGGAGGGUGGACCCGAUGACGAUGACGAUGAAGAUGACGAUGCUGACUCGAGCGACGACGGUGGUGAUAAGAAUGAAGACAGCACAGGUGAAGACUCGGAGUAAUCUUUUAUAAUUUCACGGACUUUUGACAUGGACACCUUCCUCGUCCAUAGCGUAAUCAGCGGUUAUUAGCGU